UUUCAAGAUGGCGACCAAGGACCAAACUGAAAAGUUUAAUAAGGAUGGCUACUGUGUUGUGGAGAAUGCUCUAUCCUCGGAUGAAUGUGAUGCCUUAAGACAGGAAUGCCAUGAUAUGAUAGAAGAAAUGGACCCUAAGGAACACCACACAGUGUUUGUGGCCACUGGAGAUGAUUCAGAAAGUCCGCAGAUGAAGGAAGAUUAUUUUAUGACAAGUGGUGACAAAAUUCGAUUUUUCUUUGAAAAAGGAGCUCUGGAUGAAAAAGGAGAAUUGAUGGUUGAUAAACAGAAAUCCUUAAACAAAAUAGGACAUGCUCUCUAUUGGCUUGCCCCAGGAUUCAAGAAGUGUACAUUCAGUGACACUAUAAAGACUAUAUUAAAGAAUUUGCAAUAUGAAGAUCCAGCAGUGUGCCAAAGUAUGUAUAUUUUCAAGCAACCAAGGAUAGGAGGUGAGGUGUCUCCACACCAAGAUGCAUCUUACCUGUAUACAACCCCACUGAAGGUCAUGGGUAUCUGGAUAGCCCUGGAAGAUGCUACAUUGGACAAUGGAUGCCUUUGGUUCAUUCCUGGAUCACAUAAAGAUGGAAUACAUGAAAAUAGGAGAAUGGUACGAACCCCAGAUGGACAAGGUUCCAAAUAUAUUGGAGGGGCCAGUAGGGAGUAUGACUCCAAAGAAUUUGUACCAGUGCCAAUCAAAAAAGGGGACCUCAUCUUGAUAGACGGCCUUGUUGUUCACAAAAGUCACGCUAAUACUUCAGAGAAUUCCCGCCACAUCUACACAUUCCACGUCAUAGAACAGAAAAACACAGAAUGGAGCAAAGAAAAUUGGCUUCAACCUACCAAAGAGUUACCUUUUCCUUCUAUUUAUGCCAACUAACCUGAAACAACACACUGGUUUUGACUUAAGACGCAUCAAAACUAGAGUGACAGUCAUUACAAAUAAGUAUUAACAUUGAACCUUGAUUAGGUUGAAUUGUGAUAAAUCAACUUGGAUUAUAUAAUUAGCA